AUGGCUCAGGUCGACACCCUGGACAUUAUUGUCCUCGUCUUGCUACUUCUCGGCAGCAUCGCCUACUUCACCAAAGGCACCUAUUGGGGCGUCCCCAAGGACCCCUACGCUACAUCCGCCCUCAAUGGCAGCGCUUCCAAAAAGGGUUCUCGCAAUAUCCUCGAGAAGAUGGAGGAGUCGGGCAAGAACUGCGUCAUCUUCUACGGCUCGCAGACUGGUACUGCAGAGGAUUAUGCCUCCCGUCUGGCGAAAGAGGGCCACGCUCGGUUUGGAUUGAACACAAUGACUGCUGACCUGGAAGAUUUCGACUAUGAAAACCUGGACAAAUUUCCCGAGGAUAAAGUUGCAUUCUUCGUCAUGGCCACCUAUGGCGAGGGUGAACCGACCGACAACGCUGUCGAAUUCUGGGAAUUCAUGAACCAAGAUCCUCCUUCCUUCUCCGAAGCCUCUGAAGAUAAGCCCUUGAGUAACCUCAAAUAUGUUGCGUUUGGCCUGGGUAACAACACGUACGAGCACUACAACUCCAUGGUCCGGAACUUGGACAAGAUCCUGACCAAACUGGGUGCGGAGAGAAUCGGUGCUGCCGGCGAAGGAGACGACGGUGCUGGUACCAUGGAAGAAGACUUUUUGGCAUGGAAAGAACCCAUGUGGGCUGCUCUUGCGGAGAAAAUGGGUCUCGAAGAACGUGAAGCCGUGUACGAGCCAGUAUUCAGCGUGGAAGAGAGGGAUGAUCUGUCCCCAGAAAGUGACACCGUGUAUCUGGGAGAGCCCAACAAGAACCACCUUGAAGGCACCCAGAAGGGCCCCUACAAUGCUCACAACCCGUUCAUUGCCCCGAUUGUCGAGUCCAAGGAAUUGUUCACGGUCAAGGAUCGCAACUGCCUCCAUUGCGAGAUCGAUGUGUCUGGUUCUGGCAUCUCUUACACCACCGGCGACCAUAUCGCGGUGUGGCCCACGAACGCAGGCUUGGAAGUGGACCGUUUGAUCAAGACCUUUGGCUUGGAAGAGAAGAGACACAAGGUUAUCAGCAUGAAGGGUAUGGAUCCCACAGCCAAGGUGCCCUUCCCAACUCCAACGACUUACGAUGCUGCUGUUCGCUACCACAUGGAAAUCUGCGCUCCGGUUUCCCGUCAAUUCUUGGCCACCUUGGCUGCUUUUGCUCCCAACGAGGAAGCAAAGAAGGAAAUGGCCAAACUGGGUUCGGAUGCCGACUACUUCAAGGAGAAGGUUGCCUCGCAAAUGUUGAAUAUCGCCCAGGCGGUAUCCGCUGUCCAUCCCGGACCUUGGUCUGCCGUCCCGUUCUCUUGCCUCGUGGAGGGUCUCAACAAGUUGCAACCUCGAUAUUACUCCAUUUCUUCGUCUUCACUGGUCCAGCCGCAGAAGAUCUCUAUCACCGCUGUGGUGGAAUCAAUCCGCGUUCCGGGUGCCGGCCACAUUGUCAAAGGUGUCACGACCAACUACCUUCUGGCUUUAAAGCAGAAGCAAAACGGAGACCCCGACCCAUCACCUCACGGUCUGACCUACGCCAUCACCGGGCCCCGCAAUAAGUACGAUGGUAUCCAUGUCCCGGUUCAUGUCCGUCACUCCAACUUCAAACUGCCAUCAAAUCCUAGUAAACCCAUCAUCAUGGUCGGUCCUGGCACCGGUGUUGCUCCUUUCCGAGGCUUCGUGCAAGAGCGUGCAGAGCAAGCGAAGAGAGGUGAAGAAGUCGGUCACACAGUACUCUUCUAUGGUUGCCGUCGAUCGACCGAGGACUGGCUCUACAAGGAGGAGUGGGAGGAAUACAAGAAGAUUUUGGGCGACAAAUUGACCGUCUUCAACGCGUUCUCUCGCGAGACUUCGAAGAAGGUCUACGUCCAACACUUGCUCAAAGAAAAUGCGAAAUUGGUCAAUGAACUCCUGCAACAGAAGGCUAAUUUCUACGUUUGUGGUGAUGCUGCUCACAUGGCACGAGAAGUCAACGAAGUCCUGGGUCAGAUCAUUGCCACUGAGCGAGGAGUUGACGAGAAGAAGGCUGAACAAGUGGUCAAGAGUAUGCGCAGCAGCGGAGUCUACCAGGAAGACGUCUGGUCGUAA